CCUCCUCCGCCUGGCAGUGGCGGGAAAAGCGAGGCGGCGAUGGGGUCGCCGGUUUUGGAGGCCGUGCUGGCCGAAUUCAAGGUCUUCGGGCUAAGCUUCGCCAAGGAGGAAGACGAGGAUGCCAUCGCCGACAAACUGCUCGAAAUGUGUACCAUGCACCGGGUAACAGGGUCGGACCUUGGGUUGGAGCUCGUGGCUUUUGCAGCACAAAAACGAACCGUCCACCUUACGGCCGAGUCUCUGCACAUCUUUGAACAUGAAGUGCUCAAUAAAAGAGGGUCAAAACCUCCACCGAAGAAGGAGAACCGGCAAUCCGGCAUCCGGGACGUGAUUCCCCCGCAAGAACUUCUUGACCUUGGUGAGGAGGAUGAGGACCUUCUGAAUGACUACAUGUCGCCCUCCAGAGGCUCGCAGAAGCGGGCGAUAACCACUCCAGAAAACCCGCACUCCAAGAGGACGCUCUCCCACCGCAGCCCCCGCUUGGCUUUCUCCCCAAGCAGCUUCUCCCCCAGUGCUACCCCAUCGCAGAAGUACAGCUCCCGGAGCAACCGUGGGGAGGUCGUUUCCUCCUUUGGCUCGGUGCAGGGGACCUCCUGGGGUGGAAAAGGUGGUGCAGCGACCUCCGUGAAAUUGUUCGGCUCCUCCACAGAUGCCCUCACGAAGCCGUACAAAUUUAUGUUCCACGAUCUGCAGGAGAUCCGGGAAGUGCUAUCUUGUAAGAUUGAACAACUGGGAGAAGCCCUCAAGGAACACUACAAAAUAGAAGAAUUUUCCUCCUUGAUCAUCCCUGUGCAGGAGCCGGUGACAGUCCUGGGCCAGAUUGGCUGCGAUUCCAACGGGAAGCUGAAUGCCAAAUCGGUCGUCUUAGAAGGGGACCUGGAACAUUCCUCGGGAGGCCUGAUUCCUGUGGAUCUCUCAGAGCUGCCGGAGUACUCCCUCUUCCCUGGACAGGUGGUGGUGAUAGAAGGCAUGAACAGCACCGGCGAGCGGUUGGUGGCCUCCAAACUGUUUGAGGGGGUGCCACUCCCUUUCCAUCAACCGGCCGAGCAAGCAGGAGAUUUCGAGCCCCAGGUGGUCUUGGUCGCUUGUGGCCCGUAUACCACUUCAGACAGCUUCACGUACGACCCCAUGUUGGAUCUGAUCGAUACCAUCAAUAAAGACAAGCCGGAUGUUUGCAUUUUGCUCGGUCCCUUCCUUGAUGCCAAGCAUAAACAAGUCGAGGGCUGCCAGCUCACCUCCUCCUUUGAAGACGUCUUCAAGAUGUGCAUGAAGACGAUCAUCGAAGGGACGAGGAGCUCCGGCUCCUACCUGGUUGUCAUCCCGUCCCUGAGAGACGCCCACCACCUCUGCAUUUACCCCCAGCCACCUUUUGGCUGCUACGAGCUGUCGAAAGAAGACAAGCAGAGGGUGCUGUUUGUGUCGGACCCCUGCAGCUUGGACAUCAACGGGGUGGUUUUCGGCUUGACCUCUGCAGACCUGCUCUUCCACAUGGGUGCCGAAGAAAUCAGCAGUUCUUCCAGCGUCUUAGACCGCUUUUCCCGAAUUCUCAAGCACAUCUUGACCCAGAGGAGCUACUACCCGUUGUACCCUCCUGCAGAAGAGAUGAACAUUGAUUUUGAACAUUUCUACCAGUACACGCUACUCCCGGUCACGCCGGAUAUCUUGAUCACGCCGUCGGACCUGAAAUAUUUCAUCAAGGACGUCCUUGGCUGUGUUUGUAUCAACCCCGGCCGGCUAACCAAAGGCCAGGUAGGAGGCACCUACGGCCGUCUCUGCGUCCAGCGGAAGGUUUCCGACGGUGAGCGGAAAAGCCCCUGCGUCACUGCUGAGGUGGUCAAGAUCUGAGCUGGAGCCCAGCCCCGGGCCGAAUCACACCCUGGGGCUGGAGUGGGGAGGAAUCCGCCCCAGUCUUUCCGGCUGCGGCUGUUUGGCAUCUCGCCGUCCUCCUGGGCAGUCAGGACUGCUGGACACGCUUCUCCAAACAUCUCUUGCAAUUUGGGUGUGGGAGAAAUGCAUUUGCCGGUGUUAACGUUCUCAUGGCAGCACACUUUGGUAAAUAAAAAACCCCUUUGCUGCAUCUUCAUUCUUCUCUUAAUCAUU